AUGGCCAUUAACGUUUAUCUCACGUUUUACUACAAAUUUGAUGCUGAACGCCUUCGACGCAUGGAAAUACCCUACUUGAUUGGCUGCUACGGCAUCCCAUUCGUGCCCGCCUUUGUCUUGCUUUUCAUCAGAAACCACGAUGGGGCACGCGUUUACGGAAAUGCUUCGCUGUGGUGUUGGAUCUCCUACGACUGGGAUCUCCUUAGAAUUGCAUCUUUCUAUGGCCCUGUCUGGAUUGUGAUCCUGAUAACAUUUUUCAUCUACAUACGAGCCGGGCGUACGAUUUACGAAAAGCACAAGCAGCUUCGAUGCUUUCACUCGUCGGACCCUGACCCUCUUUCGGUCAACGGCGACGCCAUCUCCACCCUCAAAACCACAGAGAUUACUGUCACCAGCGAGGUAGCGGGAGAGAGGGGAAUACAGCUCGCCAGCAUGAAUCGUCAAGACUCCAACUCUGUGCCGAACACGAGGAGUCCCAACGGAGCGUACACAGUUCAUAUCUCAGCGGACUCGAACAACACUGUCCAGGCCUAUGACGAACAUGCCCUGCCCAUUCAAGGGACGACACUACAGCAUACAUCUGCGGUGCAACUUGCUCCUCGAAGACCAGCUAACAUUGCACGUCGACGCAACCAUGAGCUGAACAACGCGGCCUGGUCAUAUACCAAGUGCUCUAUUCUCUUCUUCACGGCAAUCCUCAUCACGUGGAUCCCCUCGACCGCGAACCGAGUGUAUUCCUUUGUGAAUGACAAGGAUGUCUCUGUUCCGCUGGAGUUUAUGAGCGCCUUUGUCCUUCCCCUCCAAGGGUUCUGGAACGCCGUCAUCUACGCGGUGACCUCCUUGUCGGCGUGUAAAGAGGUCUUGGAGGAUCUGCGGUGGAAGAAGACAUCAAGAGUGUCCGAGUUGGUUGAUCAGAGGAAUGGUCGCGACAAAAAGGAUGUCGGAACACCCCGUAGUCGGACCGUCUUCAGGUCCCCUCCAGGCAGCUCCAGGACUUUUGCGUCUGACAGCACAACAGAGCUGGCCAAGGCUCGGGCACAUUCAGCUGAUGGCGGCCAACACUGCUGA